AUGGCUCUUUCAGGACAUCAAAUCGUGACUGUCGAUGGCAGGUCGCGGUCCUCCUUACCGAGGGGAACACACAAGAGUUUUUCAGAAUGCCCUGGCAACCAUCAGCGUUCUUUUGGGGUUCCAAAUCCAGAUGUUGAUACUUUGAGCAGCAUGUCAUUAAAAUUCCCCCUUGUGGUUGGCCGUAGACCUUUCCCUACGUCCUCUAAAGGACCAAUGAUCAAGUCAUCUCAUCAGCGAUUGAAGCUCACUUACGGUCAAGUUAAUAGACUGAGCAAAGCUAAGCUCCGCACAUUGAAUGCCGAAAAGGCCCUAACGUUCCAUCUCUUCGAAAAACUUCCAUAUGAGCUGCGUUGCAUGAUAUACUCACUCAUGAUCCCAGAUCGCCGAGUAAUUGAGGUCAAAGAGCCGAGUAGUGGCCGCCCAGGUGGAAAUCGACGCGAUUUCAUGCUAUCUUACGAUUUCCCUGCCAUUAUGUACAUCUCGUCCGAAGCACGCCAAUGGGCCAAGAUAUUCUUCAAUUACAAGAGAUCUUUUCGCAAGAACCUGAGGGGACGUGCGAUCUACUUUGACCCAGCGCGUGAUUCGCUUCUAUUCCACAGCCUGCCACUAUUCGAGAAAUUCUUUGGUGCCAACUUCAGUUCAUAUUCGAGCCCUCUUCGACAUCAGCUUGUGGACCAGUCCAAGGCCAUUAAAGCACCUCUCUUCCUUGCAAUCAAUCAUGCUUGGGAACUAUGUCUUACUCCAGAUACUUUCAAGCUCCUUGGACAACCACGGAAUAUCAUCUUAGCUCGGAAGAGCGGACCUCCAGGGAAUAUGGAUGGUUAUGCCGUUCGGGAUAUCGUACGGGCAUUAGGUCCAAGAGCAAAGACUGCAUCAGGCCAGCAUGUCAUACCGCCGAAGCUGGUGUGUCGUAUGACAUUCAAGGAAUUGAGACAUAGAAUUGAGGAACUCAAUGAUCUUAAGGGUUAGUUGCGACUACUAAUGGAAGUUCCCUCACUGCCAACGAUGAUAAUAUUCAAGAAUAUCUACUUUGGACCACAAUUCAGCUUCUUGGAAGCGGCAAUAGAAUAAGGCCAGGCAGCCAGCCUCUGUGGAGAAUUGAAUACCCGGCAGUAGCUUCCCUACGGGGUUUUUCAUGCAGACAACGUCUGUAAAUUGUCUGCAUUUUGUCUGUAUUCCUAGUAGUAGCAAAACACAGUAAAAUGCAGACAAAAUUCAGACAAUAUCUGCUACAAUUUCAUUAAAAAAAUGCAGACAAAUUAGCGUGUGUCAGGGUAUAAGAGUU